CCAGCUCCCGUGUUUUUCUCUCCCAGUGUCCUCCCCUUCCCCUGCUCGCGGCUAUAAAGCUCGGCACCACCUUCCUGGCCUCUUCCGGACUCGCACCCCGGCUCGGCCACUCCCAUCAACACCACCUGCCUGCCUGCCUAGCUACGCCACCAUAUCCGCCUGCCUGCCUGCCUGCUUACUCAUCGUCAUCAGUUCUUCUUUUCCGAUCGAUCUCCCCUGUAAUUUCUGAUCACGGCAGAGAUUGCAGCCCGGCUUGAGAUCUAGCUAGCUCGCUCGCUUGCUCGGGACUUCGGGAGAUCAGAAGAGGGAGGAUCAGAGCUAGGAGCUAUAGCCAUGGGGAGAGCGCCGUGCUGCGACAAGGCGAGCGUGAAGAAGGGGCCGUGGUCGCCGGAGGAGGACGCCAAGCUCAAGGCCUACAUCGAGGAGCACGGCACCGGCGGCAACUGGAUCGCGCUGCCGCAGAAGAUUGGGCUGAAGAGAUGCGGGAAAAGCUGCAGGCUGAGAUGGCUCAACUAUCUGAGGCCAAACAUUAAGCACGGUGACUUCACAGAAGAAGAGGAGCAUAUCAUUUGCAGCCUCUACAUUAGCAUCGGAAGCAGGUGGUCCAUUAUUGCCGCGCAGCUGCCGGGGCGGACGGACAACGACAUCAAGAACUACUGGAACACCAAGCUGAAGAAGAAGCUCCUCGGCAAGCGCGCGCCGUCCCGCCGCGCGAGGGCGAACCAGGCGGAUCCCUACCUCGUCGUCGCGGCGGGCGGCAACAUGUGCAGCACCAGCGGCGGCGGUGGCGGCAACAACGGCAUCAGCGCCACGGCUGCCACGCCGCAAGCCCUAAGCGCGUCGGCCCUCGAGCGCAUCCAGCUCCACAUGCGCCUCCAAGGCCUGUACGGCGCGUUCGGCUGCGCCACCAACAACGACAGCGCCGCCACGGCCGCGGCAGCGCCGCCGUGGCCCAAGCUCGAGACGCUGCUGCAGACGAACAAGCUGCUCCAGGGUUCGCUGCCGACCGACGCCGUGGCGACGACAGUCGUCAGCGUGCAGCAGCCCCAGCAUUUGGCCGACCAGAGCGGCCUCGCCGCCGGCGCCGGUGAAGCCGAGCACCAGCUCAGCUCUGCCACCGGCGCAACCUACAUGGCGCCGCCGGGGAGUUUCGAGCGGCCCAAGCUAGGGUUUUACUCCCCAUCCGCCGAGGCCGAGGCCGCCAGUGCAGAGAUGACAUGCCCGAUGGUGGGAGUCUACGGCGGCGGCGGCGGCGGCGGCUUCGGACCCCACCACGACGAGCUCUACGACUUCCUAUACAGCAAGUACGGAUCCCUGGGCGGUGGCGUGGUGCAGGGCGGGCACACGUAUCAUAUCCCGCUGCUGCCCGAGCUGCAGUGCCCGGACGCCGCCGCCGCCGCCGCCGCCGCCGUCGGCGCCGACGAGAAGUUCUCGACGUGGGCCGCGUCGUCGUGCGAUUACGGCGCGGCGGCCGGAGGCCAUCAGCUCCAAGGGAACCCCAUCAGUAGCGGCCUGCAGGAUUACGUGCUGGGCGGCGGCUACGAUCAAUGAUUCUAGGGUUAGUUUUUGCCGUGUUGAUUGCGUGCUAUAUUAUUAGUACAUCCAAUCCAAUCCAUAGCUGGUAAUUCGAUCGAUCGUAUAUGUACGUAUGUUUGUUCUCGAUCACUGAGGUUAAAACCUACUGUUAAUAUAUAUACUUGUACUGCAUGUGAAUGUGAAUGAAUGGUUAAACUACCUACUUGUUUAAUCGCCA